AUGCAGAGUGGGGCGGGCAAGGGCUUGGAUUACAGCUCCACGCUCAAAGUGGUUCAGUGGUUUAUGCGUAUUUAUAAGAAGAGAGUAAAAGCUUGGGGGGGGGGGGAAGCAUGGAAGAAAGAGAGAAAAAACGCUGCGUUUGGAAGUGAGAGGGCGAGGAUAAAGGAGUUUAGAAACAUGGACUCCGAAUCACUGGACAGGUGCAUACAGAGUACCUUAUCCGUGCUCUACCCUCCGUUUGAGGCCACAGCAGCCACGGUUCUGUGCCAGGUUUUUGACGUGGUGGAGAAGACGUACCGCGGGGAUGGACUGCGCUACCUCAUAGAUUUCCUGAUUCCAGCAAAGCACAUCUUGCAGUGCAUUCAGCAGGAUGCCUGUGUUCAGUACUGUGGAUUGCUGUUCCACCAUGAAGGCUGGCCUCUCUGUGUCCAUGAGAAGAUUAUAGUCCAGCUGGCCUCCAUAGACUGGCGAGCCUUAAAGCCUGGUGACUUCUACCUGCAGGUGGUGCCCUACCUAAAGAAGUCGCCACGAAUAGUACUGAAAUGUUUGGCAAACGACAAACAUAAUGUAGAGGAAGUUGUGGUCCCAGAGGUCUCCUACACCUCUAUUUUUUCUGUGGAAUGGUUGGAGUCCAUCAAUGGAGAGCGGAUGGGUACAGCGCUGGAAAAUUGUUUACUAGCCUCUGAUGAUAAAAUAUUCCGGGUUCCCUGGGAUAAAAUAGUCAAUCCUGAAUUUAUUGAUAAACCAAAAAUAAUUGAAAAUAAUAUCACAGCUCUCAAAAUGGCUAAAGAAUCUUCAAAUUUGUGCUUCCCAAUGGAGCAUCCCAAAUGCAACUCACCGGCUCCUGGACCUCAAGCUUUGCCGGAGCAAGAAGUGAUGCAGGACAAUUUGGUCAUUAGCAGGACUACUCAGGAAUCAGCUGACACCAUUGUUAAUGGUAUGAGUCCUGUGCCCCUGGAGGACUCUGAAAGCGACCCUGAAGGAGAGUAUGUAGAGCUCACGGAAGUUUCAUUGCCAAGAUUUGGGCCACAAGUGGGCUCCUUAACCCAAUCGAUUGCCUUAAAUUCUAGAACUCAGCCCAGACCAAGAGUGAAUGUCUCUAAAGACAAACACAGGCUUAUUGUCCUUCGGGACAGUAGCACAUGUUCAAAGAACUUGGUUUGUUCAACACUCAUACAAAAGCAGCACGGUCAGACGGACACACCGAGGGCCUCUUAUUCAGGGGCUCAUGAAAAUGGAAUUCAUUUGGAAAACAACAAAAGGAUGCGACAUGGUGAAGUGUUACCAAAAUGUCAGCUGGAAUCAAAUGAUCCUGGCAGUGUGGGGAAUUCAGACUCUAACUUUCAUACAGCUGCAUCUCCAGCCAGCAAUGCAGAGAGUUCAUCCUCCGUGGGGCAAGGGGCACACAGUGAGCACACGAUAGACUGGAGAUAUGCAAUGUGCAGUUACAAUGAUGUUUGUGCUGGAGACAGUGCUGAAUGCAAGGAACAAUUAAUAGAGACUCCUGGAAAAACGGAAGCUGAAAAUGAUAGGGCAGAAACUGGGAAAGAAACCACAGAGCCGAGCCCAGAAGCACUUCCAUUGAAUGCUGCUGCUAGGGAGGGAAUGCAAAACCAAGUGAGAGCCCAUGAGCACAGUGACAGCACCCGGGUGUAUUUUGCUCCGGUUUCUGUCACAGGACAUUCCACAGCAAACUGCAGACUUGAGGAAGACUCUGGCAUUCAGAUUACAUCUGAAUCCUCAGGUCUGACAGAACAAUGCUUCCGUUCAUCAGUGGAUGUGCCAGAUAGAAUUGUAGAACACAAUCAUUGCAGUAAUCCGCUAGCAGAACAUUGUCCUCCGUUAAGUCAGCCUGCAAAGUUGAACCGAGGACAAGCAGAGCAGUUCGGAGAGUUAGGCAGUGGAGUUAGUGUUGAGGAAGUCUGCAAAGAGACUGAGGAACCAACAUUCACUGGGAACGAGAAGCAGAAUAGCCAUACAUACUCCUCUGCUGUUGACAGGCGGGUGGAUGGAUACUUGCCACAGGACAAAGGACAGGAAGUCAUGGGCUGUACACAACAGAAAGUAGAAGAAGCCAAACUACUCCAAACCUCUGGGCUAACAGAGAUCAGACAGACAGCAAAACGGCUAGAUAACAAUGGCACAAUGGUAGGAGUACAUACAGAGAGCUCCUGCCAAACUGAAACCAAAAGGGAUAGAGAGAAAUGUGAGGAGAAACAAAGCUGUGUGGAAAUCCAGUGUCACAAAAGUGUAGCGAACUCUGUGCUGUUGCAAACCCCAGCAGAAGGGGUUGGCCUGGAACGUGUGGCAGGACAGGAUUUGCAAGGGGGGCCGGAGAACAAACAAGGUGCUGCUGAACAAGAGAGGUCGUGCAGAAGGACCAUCCCAAAGGCUGGGAAUGAGUCGGCAGCCUUGGAAACUCUAGACAUGCUGAAACCCCAAGCAGAGGAACCGGAGGCCACACUGCCAUCUUCUCCACCUAUGGAUGGGGAUAAUACUAAGAGGCCAAUGCAGCUGGCUGAAUGGAGCAGCAAUUCAAAAUCCACCCCUUCCAAGCAGGAAGCAGCUUCUCAGGAUUCACCUUCUAAAGGAACACGGUUGAAAGGGGGAGAAAAGAUAAAAGAAGAAAUGUGCACUGAUUCGUGCGAGCCAGCGGGUCGACUCUGUUCCCCAGAGGAAGGCUCAGCAGCUGUUAUUCAACAGGAACCCCCCUCUUAUGUGGUACCCAGAAGGUUACAGACUGCACCCGUCACAGCGAAGGACGUGAACCUCGACGUGCUCAGGAGUGGAGUUGCCUGUCUGCCAGGCACCAGAGACAAGUGUGGACGUGCAGUGGCCAUAAUGACCACAAGGAACACGAUCUGGCUAAACCCCCACUGCAACACCACCGAGCUGGUGCGCCUCCUCCUGUACUUACACAGCAUCCCAAGAGCAGAGUGCCGAGCUUUGGGCCUCACCAUUCUGGUAGAUGCUCGUCGCUGUUCACCAGUUCCUGCCCUUUUUAAGGCUUUCAAUUUGCUACAGGACAUGGUUCCUCACUGUAUUCACGGCGUUCUGCUGCUUGUUGAAAGAGAUCUCACUUUUCGGAUGGAGAAGCCAACAGCAGUGCAGAUUGAACUUCUCCCCUCAAUGAAGUCCCUCCACAAGCACAUAGACAGCACACAGCUGCCACUGGAAUUGGAUGGAGCCUUCCCUUACUGCCAUCGGGACUGGUUAAGCUUUCGCAUGAAACUGGAGCAUUUGCUACAAGGAUGUCAGGGCGCUUGUGCGUUCCUGCAGGGGGCCAUUCAGAGGGUGGAGUCCUGUAGAUUACCAGAAAGAGCUGAGGAGGCCGAUGUUUUGUUGAGGAAUUAUAGGCAAUUAAUGAAGAACGUCCUUGAUGACACGCGGCUGGUUAAACUGCAGCUGGAGGGUGGAGCUCUUCUGGCUAGGCUGAGAAAGGAGGAGUCCUGUGUUACUGUCACUGAGGACUACAGAGACGCUCUGGAUGCUGCUAGCACACUUUAUAACCGAGUGGAUGAGGGUGUCCACCUACUGGUGAUGUUGUCAAACAAACGCAUCCAGGAGCUGGAGCUAGUGAUGGAAUUCGAGGCUUUUGAAGAAGGUUUUAGGGAGGUCAGCACUUGGAUCGAGAACAUUGGCGGGAAGCAGCUAAAGGAAAUGAUUGACCUGGACGAUUCUUUGGAGCUGCUGCUUCGAGCACAAAAGCAGUUCAGGGAAUUUGAUCUUGUUGCCAGUGAAUAUUGUAGAAGGGGACAAGAAAUGUUAAAGAAGCUGGACAGGUGGGAAGAUUUUUCCUCUGCAGACUUGCAUGUUUAUGGACUCAAGCUGCAGACAUAUAGAAAUGAGCUGGAGGAGUUCUGCACCCGACUGGAUGACACCAGGAGUCGGAUUGGAGAGACAGUCAGGCUGUACGAAUUCUUCGACAAGGCGUACGAGUGGGCGCUGGAGGGGAUGCGACACCUAGCCUGCAUCAGCAUGGAGGACUGCAGCUCCCCAGAGCACUGUGCGGCAGGGAUCAAGUGUCUGGAAAGCUACAAGGGCCAGCACCCGGAAAUCAGCGAUGCCAAAUUCCAGGAGAUGAAAGAGCUGGCCUGUGAGCUGAAGAGCGACAAAGGGCUGAAGCAGUGGAAAUUUGCAUGGUCCAAGUGCCAGGAGACAAAAGUGGUCUUUGAGAAGAAGCUAGAGGCUGCCCUGAGAACACGAAGGUCUCUGCUCUCUGAGCGGAAGCCAGGUGAGGGGGAGCACUCCCGGUGUGGUGCUGAGAGCAGCCGGCUGUCCCACAGGAGGCACUCGGAGGGAGCCAUCCCCGGGCUGCUUUCAGACAGGAGUCACAGCGUGUCCCAUUUCUACAGCAGGCCAAAUCGUUCUCCUGCGUGGACCAGGGAAAAAGCUCUCUCACCAUCCCUGAGCAGCUCCGGGGAUGUCAAUGCUGGGGAAGAAUUGACCUCCCACGCUGCUCCCGGCAUGAGUCCCCACUUGAGCAGGGUUUCUCUUGGUACAGUGGCCUGCGAGGCUCCAUGCGACAUGCCCGAGGACAAGCCAAACCUGGAGAGUAUUUUAGAAAUUCUUGAGGUGAAUUCAUCCUGCUCAACCACGUCAGCCUCCAGGAGGCCACUGUCCAAGAAGGUGCUGAAAAAGGCCCAAAGCUUUGAUCUUCCCUGCAGUGAGAACCUGCGGUCCAGCUGCCAGAGGACUCUGAGUGAGCCGGCCAGGUACGGCAACACGGGAGUCUUCAUUAAGGGGCUGGAAGUGAGCAGCACGGAGCUUGCGGACAGGACUCACAUGGCACGGCAGCAAGCUGCUCACAGCUGGGCUGCACACUGCCUGCCAGAGGAGCAGAGCAGCUACGGCUCCACGCCAGAGGCCAAGAGCCGGGGCAGCAAACUGCGGCACAUCAUCGACGAGAUGGUGACCACGGAGCGGGAGUACGUGCGGUCUCUGUGUUACAUCAUCGAGAGCUACUUCCCCGAGAUGGAGCGCCUGGACCUGCCCCAGGACCUGAGAGGGAAGCGCAGCGUCAUUUUCGGGAACCUGGAGAAGCUCUACGACUUUCACAGCCAGUACUUCCUGCGGGAACUGGAGAGCUGCUGUAACCAUCCGCUGCGCGUCAGCCACGGCUUCCUCAGACACAAGGAUCAGUUUGGGAUGUACGCAUUAUACAGCAAAAACAAACCCAAAUCCGACUCGCUGCUGGCCAGCCACGGGAACACGUUCUUUAAGUUCAAGCAGGUGCAACUGGGGGAUAAAAUGGAUCUCGCCUCCUACCUGCUGAAACCCAUCCAGCGCAUGAGUAAAUACGCCCUGCUGCUGAAGGACCUGAUCAAGGAGUGCAGCGAGGCCCAGGAGCAGGAGCUGGGCUACCUCCGAGCAGCGGAGGAGAUGGUGAAAUUCCAGCUUCGGCACGGCAACGACCUGCUAGCCAUGGACGCCAUCCGAGAUUGUGAUGUGAACCUCAAGGAGCAGGGGCAGCUGAUGCGGCAGGACGAGUUCACCAUCUGGCUGGGCCGCAAGAAGUGCCAGAGACACGUCUUCCUGUUUGAGGAUCUGAUUCUCUUCAGCAAGCCCAAGCGGAUCGAGGGCGGCUUCGACGUGUACAUCUACAAGCGCUCGUUCAAGACGGCAGACAUCGGCCUGACGGAGAACACCGGGGACAGCGGCCUGCGCUUUGAGAUCUGGUUCCGACGGCGGAAGUCCAGCGAUACGUACGUCCUCCAGGCCAGCACAGCGGAGACCAAGCAAGUCUGGACCAAGGACAUUGCCAAGAUCCUGUGGCAGCAGGCCACCCGCAACAAAGAAAUCCGCAGGCAGGAGAUGGUGUCCAUGGGGGUAGGGAACAAGCCGUUUCUCGACAUCACGCCCAGCGAGGCAGCUAUCAACGACCGCGCCAUCGAUUACAUCAUGAAGGGCAGAGGAGCUCGGACGAGGGCCUCCAUCGCGGUGUCGCUGUUUGACCACUCCAACCCCUACAAGAGAAGCCAGACGCCGCUCUCCGCCGGCAGCACCCCUGCCUCCUACAGCCCGUCCUCCUCCUCCCUGCUCGGGCCCCUCAACCUGCACGUGUACCUGGAGCAGACCCUGCUGCCGGGCGUGCUGGCCCCCGGCCGCCCCUGCAUCGAGGAAGAUGAGCAGGAGCACGAGACCAGCAGCCAGCCUUCGCUGACCACGGAGAGCUCCGAGUCCUCCCAGUGCAUGUCGGGCAGCGGCUCCAGUGGCUCCGACAGCGGCUGUGUCUCCGGCGUCCCCCAGGAAAGCUUCUGUGACGAUGUGGGCUCGCCGGUGUACCCGCCGCUGGGCUCUCGGCACAGCUCCACGCUCGCCUCCCCGCUGGACGAGAACCCCAAAUUCGCUAAAAGCCAGUACAGGUCUGCGACAGCAGGCCCGGUCACCGUGAGCCCCUCGACCGUCGUGUGAGCCCCUCUGCACAAGGGUUCUGCCUGAAGACGCGGAGCUGUCUGAUCGCUGCUUCCACGGAACCCACGGAAGAGUCCACGUCUCUGACCAGCACGAGGAGACUGCCGGCCUUCCGGGAGAUGGUCAAGCACAACCACAGGCUCCUCAAACCAAGAACUGGCGCGUGGCUGGGGAACGCCCCAAUUAGCGCCCUGUUACCUCGACACCAUCGCUGGUGCGUUGGAGGGGCAGUUAGUCCUUAUUUAUAAAUGUGUUAACAAGUAACAUAGCGAUUUGCAAAGCGAGAGUGUUUUGGAAGCUCUGGACUGUACAGACUUUGUUACUCGUUCUGUUCUUCGUGCCGCACAGUUUAUAGCGUUUCUGGAAGGGCUUGAGGAGGAAACGAGGUAUUUAAUAAAAGUAGCGUCGUUUGCCGUUUGGGCUGCCUGCUGCAGGGCCGUGCGAGAGCAACGGCCUCCCCUCGGGCUUAGCUUGGCCGAGUGCAGCGAUAAUUUAUUUCCCUGGCGUGACCCUUUUGUUUUACUAAAACCAGGUUCGUUGUUACUUCAGGUGCUUGCAGUGCUGAGCUGCUCCCUGCCUUAGUACCACUAUCAGCUGUCAGUGAUAGUCUGACACCUCCCUGUCUGGCUGCUGGGAAUAUCGACAGCCCACAGGGCCUGAGUGGGGAGCCCCCAGCACAGCAGAGAUGCCAGAGCAGGUCAAAGGCGACGGCAGUGGGAGCAGCCCUGCAGGGUACAGCGGGACAACCCAGCUAUGCUCUCCUGGCUCUGCAGCACGUCUGGGUGUAGAGAACAUGCUGUCCCAUCCCAGCUUAGCUGCUGUCUUGGUGGCAGACCACACAGGCGGCAGCCUGGGCCUGCUGCUAAAAUCAGCCCAGCAUCUAACAGCAUGAGGCGUAAGUGGCAAAGUCAGCAGCAUGGCGAGGCUGUUGCAGAAGGAAAGGGGACGUGCCCAGGGUAGAUGGGUGGACAUGGAGUAUGAUGGCCCAGUCUGCCAGGCGUUGUGUGUUCUAGUCCCAUUCAGAUACCCAGCCCUAGCAUGUGGUGGCGUUAAUCAAAGCAGCGCUGGCCAGAGCCCAUGUCUGAGCACAGCCUCCAUCGUGUGGAGCCCAGAUUAUUAUGCCACUGAAACAGUAAAGGCCCCAGCUUUAAUUUAGUGUAAUUCCAGUAGAGACCAACCUUUGCCUGUAUGUGAUGCGCCCCUUGGGACAGUCAGUAAUGUUUGAGCUCCUUGGUAGGCGCAGUCAGGAAAGUUUGGGUUUGUUUGGCUUGCAAGACUUUCAUUUAACAUGUAGACGGGGACAUGCUAACAGAGAGCAUGUUUACUUAUGGCUUCUUCGAUUGCUGCAAACCUUUAUCCCCCAGCUUUCGCAACACGUACACGCAUCACACUUGGCCUUAAGGAUAGUAGGGACCAGCAACUGUGUAACUGGUUUCUCCACAUAGCUGUUGGGUUUGGUCCAUUCACAGUUCUGUGCUUCCCAGACUCAUAAAUGCUAAACCUCAUGGGCACCCAUUUAGCCUUUGCAUAUUAGCCCUGUUCCUUUGCCUUUGGAAAUCCGUGUAAUGUACAUGUGACACUGCUUUGAUGUUCUUUUAAUAAGCUGACACUUUUUCAGUCUUAUUCCUUCUUAGAUGUCAAAAUGGAAGAUGAUUGACAUUUUUUAUACAAUAAUGCGGGGUAAACAAUUGGCCAGGCAAGGUUUUAAAACCUAUUGUGUAAAAAUCUCUAGCUAAUUCUAAGCUUUGUACGUCAACCAGUGCUAGCGAAUACCACUAACGAGGGAAAGCCGUUAAACCAAGGGGGACAUGGAAGUACCAUUGUGACCAAUUUCUGAAAUUCCUGUUAAAGAGGUUUCUGCAUUGCUGGAAGAAUCUUUAGAAAUGUUCAGCUGCCACCUGGUUUGCCAGGAUUUGAUUUCACGACCUAAUAAAGGUUGUUUUCUUUGUA